AUGAGCACUGAAAGCAUGAUCCAGGACGUGGAGCUGGCCGAGGAGGCACUCCCCAAGAAGGCAGGGGGCCCCCAGGGCUCCAGAAGGUGCUUGUGCCUCAGCCUCUUCUCCUUCCUCCUCGUCGCAGGAGCCACCACACUCUUCUGCCUGCUGCACUUUGGAGUGAUCGGCCCCCAGAGGGAAGAGCUCCCACAUGGCCUGCAACUAAUCAACCCUCUGCCCCAGACACUCAGAUCAUCUUCUCGAACUCCGAGUGACAAGCCAGUAGCCCAUGUAGUAGCAAACCCCGAAGCUGAAGGGCAACUCCAGUGGCUGAGCCGGCGUGCCAAUGCCCUCCUGGCCAAUGGCGUGGAGCUGACAGACAACCAACUGAAGGUGCCCUCAGACGGGCUGUACCUCAUCUACUCCCAGGUCCUCUUCACAGGCCAAGGAUGUCCUUCCACACAUGUGCUCCUCACCCACACCAUCAGCCGCUUUGCCGUUUCCUACCAGACCAAGGUCAACCUCCUCUCUGCCAUCAAGAGCCCUUGCCAGAGGGAGACCCCAGAGGGGGCUGAGGCCAAGCCCUGGUAUGAGCCCAUCUACCUGGGAGGGGUCUUCCAACUGGAGAAGGGUGAUCGACUCAGCGCUGAGAUCAAUCUGCCUGCCUAUCUUGACUUUGCCGAGUCUGGGCAAGUCUACUUUGGAAUCAUUGCCCUGUGA